AUGCAAAUCUUGAGAAACACCUUUGUAGUUACUGGCGGUCUAGGCGGUGCUGGUAGAUCAGUAGUAACUAGCCUUCUAGACCAGGGAGGUUAUGUAGUUAUAUUAGACUUAGCAGAACAAAAAGCUGGUGAAGAAGCCACUAAACACAUCAGCACAGAUAGGGCAGCAUAUGUUCGAACUGACAUUACCAAUGAAGACAGUGUUAGAAAUGCAAUGAGCGUUGCUUCAGAGGCUUUCGAAAAGCGUCUUAGCGGUCUUGUGCACUGUGCAGGUGUUGCUAUGACCCAGCCAUGGACAAACCGUCUCCAGGAAUCAAUUGAGCGUGCAAAACGUCUGCUCGAUAUCAAUUACAUGGGUACAUAUAUCACAAAUGCCUUAUUCGCUGAUGCUGUCAAUGAGCGUUUCGAACCAGAGAAAAUGGCAAGCGGUGAACUCUUCACGACAAAAGAGGAGCGCGGCGUUAUUGUAAAUUUCAGCUCUAUAGCUGGUCAUCAGCCAUAUGGGAGAAUCUUGGCUUAUACAGGUGGUAAAGCGGCUGUUAACGCUUUCUCGUGCGCGUUGGCAGACUUUUUGGGCCCUUCAGGUAUCCGCGUUAACACAGUCAGUCCAAGCGUCAUAAACUCUGCCAACAUUGGAGCUCGACUUCCAUACUUCCUUGCGGAGCUCACAAAGACGUGCUCUUGCCCAGCUAGACCUAUCGCACCAGAGGAAAUUUCAGGUGCAGUCAACUACUUGAUUACUAAUGGUAUGAUGAACGGCCAUGAUUUGAGGAUAGACGGUGGAUGGCGUCUUAUCUUCGAUCGCAGUCUCGAUAGAGAAGAUCCACGCAUUCUUGCACCAGGAUUAGAGUGA